AGUUGGAGCCGGAAAUAUUAGUUUCAGUUAUGCAACUACAGUCAGUAGUUAAAUUCAUUAAGAUUUCCUAUCCCAUUCACAUUUGUUCAACAAACCAAGUUUGACCAUUUAUUUUGUAAUUUACCAGUUUAAAUUUGAAACAUGCAAUGGUUCAUUCAUUGUAUUUUAUUAAUUCUCUUUUUUGCAUAUCAUUACUAUGCUACAUUAAAUUUUGACUAGAGGAAUGAAAAUUAAUAAUGAUGAUCACUAUACGUAUCUCUAUAAUAAAUUAACCAAUGGUUUUAAAUUCUGUUCAGUGAAAUGUUUAUUUUACACACAACCAAAAUAAAAAUUACAAUUACCGACAGUGGAGUGAUAUGAAGUAUAUGAUAGUGCAACUAAAUUUCAACUCAGAUAAAGAUGAAUAUAGGAGUAAGAGUUUGAUGCAAUGGCUGCUACACCGGCCCCCGUACCAGAACAGAAAGACAACAGGAAGCGCAAAGAGAGUAUUCUCGAUCUGUCUAAAUAUCUUGAGAAAGUGAUUAGGGUGAAAUUCUCUGGUGGGAGGGAAGCUGCCGGUGUCCUCAAGGGUUAUGACCCUUUGCUGAACCUAGUGUUAGACAAUACAACAGAGUUCCUUCGUGACCCUGAUGACCCGUACAAGCUGACUGAGGACACGAGGAUGUUGGGACUGGUUGUGUGUCGAGGGACAUCAGUAGUACUGAUCUGUCCAGUUGAUGGUAUGGAGAGCAUAUCGAACCCUUUCGUCCCACAGGAUGGAUAGUGUGUCAUUUAAUAUAUCACCUUUCUUUUAUCUGUAUAAGUUUACUUUAACAAUAAUGUAACAUAUAAUCAAGUCAAUUUGUAAUAAACAUUACAAAAUCUA